AUGGGGGCUCCUGAACUCCCACAAGAAUUGUUAUGCAAAUUGGCUGGCCAGGUAGUCCAAGACCCCGGCAUUCCUGUUCCAAAUCCGACAGUCUCGGCCUGGCAAGAGCCUCCGCACCCUCUCGCGACUAUUCAGUCAAAGAACUUGCCACAAUAUACCGAUUUUGCCAUUCUUGGCUCUGGCAUCACCGGUUGUAGCGCUGCCAAGACAAUUCUCGAAAGUGAACUGGGCCGCGACAAGAGGGUCGUCGUCUUUGACGCUCGUUCUCUGACUACCGGAGCGACAAGUCGCAACGGAGGCUUUCUGCUAAGUCAUGCGCCUCAGUUCUAUGGACAGUUUGCUGAUGCUUUCGGUACCGCGGCUGCUAAGGAAAUUGCUUUAUUUUGUGACCGCACACUGGAAGAGAUCAUCCAGGUUGCCAAGGAAGAGAGCCUUGACAAGAUCAGCGAGAUAAGAGACGUGACUACGGUAUCUACCUACGAGGAUGAGGAAGGUUUUGAGAAAGCCUCUCGGUCGAUUCGCAUGUACGAAGAAGCCGUUUCCGGGUCCAAGGAGAAAUAUGCAAUCAUCGACGGUGAAACAGCAAAGAAGACAUACAAUUUCAAGGAGUCCAAAGGUGCUCUGGUGGUCAAGUCUCACGUCUGCUGGCCAUAUAAGCUGGUAACAAAUAUUCUCCAGCGCCUUCUUCAAAGCCAUGCAGAACUGUUUUCAGUCGAAACAAACACGCCAGUGACUUCAAUCAAAGUCUCUCGAGAUUCCAACACCGCAUAUCCCUAUGUUUUGGACACCCCCCGUGGGACUGUCAGGGCGGCAAAAGUCUUCCAUUGUGUGAAUGGCUUCACUGGACACCUUCUACCCAAGCUUAGAGGGCCUCUGUUCCCGUGCCGACUAUCAAUGUCGACACAAAAGCCAGGUCCGCAAUGGGGAAAUCGCCCCUACUCAUGGCUCUUCCAUUCGAAACAGACUUGGGAUCCUAAUACCACAUUGGUCGAGCAAGGGCUAUAUUGGAUGCAGCAAAAUGCCGAGACGGGUGAUCUUUUCGUUGGAGGAGACACUCAGAGGCUGGACGACUUUUUGUCUUCGGAUGACUCAGUCAUCAGUGCGGACUCCGCGAGAAAUUUUACCACCUUGCUUCCCAAGAGACUCUUCAACGAGGGUUGGACUAACCCUAUAACCAAUGACACCUUGUCUUCUGCUACUGCGCUUCAGCGGAUCUGGUCUGGAAUCAUUGGUAUGACCGCUGAUCAACUCCCGAUUGUGGGAAAUUUGCCAGCUUCUGUGAGCGAAAGGGACGUUGAAGGUGGUGAGUGGGUUGCAGCUGGCUUCAAUGGAUAUGGCAUGUGCCAGGCCUGGUUAUCCGGCCAGGCUAUUGCUCGUAUGGCCUUGGGAGAGCCAAAGCCAGAGUGGCUCCCGGACGUCUACUUGAGCACCGAGAAGCGGCUGACAGACAAGACAACCAUGGGCGCAGAAGCAGGCCUUGCGUCGUUUUUCUCCAGGUCAUAA